ACGCGAUCAUCUCUCACUGAGCCUCUCAGAGAGCAUCCGACUUGCAGAGUUCAGCGCUCAGCAGCUUGUGCUCGCUCACUGCUCGGCUGACACGCUCACAACAUGAUUUCCGCAAAGACUAAAGUCGAAGAUGAUAGAAGUCGUGGCUGCUGGCGUAUAAAUAAGCUGUGUGACGUCUGGCUCCCUAAUUCACUUGUCCAUGUUUCUUCAUCCCGUCUUAGACUUUCUACUCCUGCAGCAUUGUUUUCUCUUAUCCCAGUCCGUCCGUCGACGAUAACACACGCUCCUUUUGAUUCAUCUCCACGGCGCAACCGAUUCGGGAGCCCGAUAUCCAAAACCAACAGCCCAAGCUCCGAUUGAAGGUGACCAAGCAACCAUGUUGACCUCUCUUCGCAACGUCUUUCUCUCCUCGGUCAUCGCUUUGACCUUUCUCUCGUCUUCGAGCGCAACUCCUCUCGAGGGCUUAGCUACUCGCACCCCGCGCGUACCCGUCUACGACACCUGUAACAGUGAUGGCAAGAUCGCAUUGACUUUCGACGAUGGCCCAUGGAAGUACGAGCCCAAGCUGCUGAAUGAGCUACAGAAUGCUGGCGCUAAAGCAUCAUUCUUCCUCAAUGGCAACAACUACGGAUGCAUCUAUGACUACGCCGACGAGAUUCGUCGUGCCUUCGAUGCCGGGCACCUGAUCGGCUCUCACACCUGGAGUCACGCGGACAUAACCAAGCUCAGCACUAGUGAGCUGGAUCAAGAGCUUGGAAAGCUGGAGCGUGCUAUGAUCAAGAUUCUCGGCGUCCGACCUAGGGUGUUCCGACCGCCGUACGGUUCUAUCAACACGGAAUCUCGCGAAGUACUCGCCCGUCGUGGUUACACCGCCAUCAUCCUCUGGGAUCGGGACACCAAGGAUGCCGACGGUGCCACGGUCGCUUACUCGCGUAACGUCAUGAACAAGGUCAUGAAUAGUUACCCAAAGUCGCACAUGGUCCUAUCGCACGAGACGAUCAAGACGACGUCGUACAAUGUCAUGCCGCACGCUCUUCCGAUGCUGCAGCAAAAGGGUUACGAACUAGUAACGGCCAUGGAGUGCGUUGGCAGCGGAAGUGACGAUGGCCAGUGGUAUGACUACGUACAGCAGCCAGAGGACAAGAACGACAGCUGGAAAUGCUAAACGGGUUAGAAACUCAUGCAAGGACGCUGUGCACGAUACCCAUCCCUUGGCACAGUUCGUCGCUCGCUAUACACUCAUCAUUAGCCCCUAAUUUGUCCCUCCCCGCUCCGACUUUCACUCCGGGCAACCACAUUGGCUUCUAUCUGGCC